AUGUUUUCUCCGGCUUUAUUUGUAUCUUUGUUACUUCUUCACAGCGCAUUUUGCGCGUUUGAAGAAGAGGAAAGCGAUGAGGAAUUUGCUUUGGUAAGAUUCGAUACAAUUUUUUUUCAGAUAGCAAAAAAAGAAAAAAAUCUACAAAUAGCAAAAAGGACAAAGCCAGUGAGCACCCUUCUCUUAUAGCUCUUCCCUACACUAAACGGACACAAUUUUCUCUUCGAAAAUUCCUUAACCAAAUAUUUGAAAUUUUCCAGCAAAUCAUGUAAUGGAAAAGGCUGUGUACGAUUGAUUGAAUUAAAGACACAGAUUGGGGAGAAAUUUUCAACCAGUAUCUUAUGCUUCAUGAAUAACAAAGUUCAAAAGCGUAAGGAUUUCAUGACAGUUUUUGGACCCCUUCUCAUUACAAUCAUGUUUGUGCAUUUUCUUAUCCUAGAAUUAUCUCUCAAGCUACAACUAUCUCUCGAAAACCAGAUCAGGCAACCACGAUCAAACUACUGCUGUGAAAAACUUCCAAAAAUUUUUUGGUUUACCCGUUACUGGCAAGUUAGACGAGGAGACCAUGUACGAGAUGAAGAAACCGCGAUGUGGAAACACAGAUUUGAACACAAACGGCCAACCUCACCGACAAAAAAGGUACUCUACCUCAUGGGACAGAUGGCGAAAAAAUAAUCUCAAAUACUACCUGUCGACUGGAGAGGACAUGUCAGCUUCUGACCAAGCACGAGUUAUAGCUAAGGCAUUCAAAAUGUGGAGUGACGUCACGCCUCUGAGGUUUACCAGGACAUUUAGAACUAGCGAAGCGGACUUCAGACUCAGGUUCCAAUUUUUCUUCUUGCUAAUUUUCGUUUUCGUUAAUUACAAUCCGAUGAAAUCUUCACAUCUUUCAGUAGCUUUAUUCUUUCCGGGUUUGUUGUCAACUACUACCAUCUGUUUUUCCAUCUUGACAAACUAAUCCUGUUUCAUCUCCUUUUUUAAAUGAAAGUAGUUCAGGACUCACUUAGUGAUACAGAUCCGUUGAAUAUUCUAUUCAUGAACCACAAGGCGUUCUGAGCAUCUUUUAUUUCCAGUAUAAUUCUCUCAUGAGUUUUUUAACAAUAAAUAGAUUUGUCGUUUGAAUGUUUUUAGUCAAAUUUCUGAUGGGCAACUUUCGUAUAUGAAAUUCAGCUUUAAAAAUUUUAACAAUAAAUUAAGAGACCAGUCAAUUAAAUAUCAUCCUUGAGGGGAGGAGGGGGGACGGAGCGGGGAAUCUUCCCUCCCCUCUAGCGAUUAAUGACCAUAAAUCCAAUCUUUUAUUUUGCAGUUUUGGAAAAGGAAGUCAUCAAGGCGUCCCUGGAGAAGGAAAGUGCUAUACACCCUUUGAUGGCAAAGGAAAAGUUCUCGCUCACGCUUUCUAUCCCCAAAAUGGCCGUAUACAUUUCGACGAUGAUGAUAAGUUUAGCGAGACUGGAUCAUUUUGGACAGGAUCUAACAGUCUUAUUCACGUUGCCGUGCACGAGAUUGGCCAUGCUCUGGGACUGUACCACUCCGAUGUUAAGGGUGCAGUGAUGUGGCCAACAGCCAGCCGGGGAACUCCUAAACUGCAUAAAGAUGACAUCGAUGGGGUUAGGUCACUUUACGGUAAAUCUUUUUUUCGAUGA